CAGCAAUAUAUCAAAUGCUGUAAUGGGUGAAUAAUGACUGGCGAUAUCGUAAAUAAAUGAUAAUAUCUGCUUUUUGUCUAAAAAUAUAAUGUGUUGUGCGUGUAAGAAAAAUUUGGAACAAAGGCAAAAUAAAUUUAAAUCAAUAAUACACACCUGGUUAAAUGUCUUAAUCUUUCAUAUAAUACGCAUAUGGAUCUGAUUAACUAGUAUUCAGUUUAAAUUUUGUUAAAAGAUGGUUAAUCAGAUUUUGAACAAGUAAUGACAUUUUUUUUUUCGAUUUUUUAACAUUUGAUCAUUUACACCUUUUUUGUAUUUAUUUAGCACUUUCUAUAUCUCUCUGCUGGUACGUUUGAUAUAAAGAAUAGCCUGGUUUAGUGGUUUUGAACCUUUUAUUUAAGAGGUCGCACGCAGUUGUCCAGUGUAAACACUGUAUGGCUUCUGGAAACGGAGUGUUUUCUUUAUCUUGCAUUAUGCUGAACUACAGUUACAAACAGUCUUCUGGAGGAGCUGUCCAUAUGGGUUUAACGUGGCGACUAUAAAUAAGCUUUUGGUCGGGCAUGCGCAGAAAAUAUCGCAUUUCUAAUAAUGAUCAUGAUGAGUUAGAAUCUACAUAUAUGGUAUUUAAAUAGAUGUUUUUACAGAGUUUCGUAAGACAAGCGUCAUCUAGGAGAAAAUGAACAAGGUUUGUGUAUUACUUUUUGGAGGACUUGGAGGACUUGGAGGACUGUUUACUGUAGUUUGUGAAACAAGAACUGUCACAGUCACGUCUUCUACGUGUGAUGGAACAUACAGUAUAUCUAAGGAUGACCCACUUUAUCUCGACUUCCUCGGGGCUUCAUUAGCCUCAGACUGCAAGUUUAGCGUAUCUGCUGGUGUUUCCAAGACGGUCUGUUCAGCGCCUGUGCAUUUUGAUGUUGACUGUGAAACGGAGUUGAAGUACUAUAAAACCUUUCACAGCUCAUCUUAUAUACCAGAUAAGCGGUAUGGGUGUAACAACAAACAGACCGAUGACUUUUGUGCAGAUACAUCUCAGACAUUGCAUGUUGUAUUUAAGAACAAUGCAACCAGUUCUACAAGUACAAUAAAUCUGAAAUUUCAUACUACAGAUGACUUCGUCUCAGAUAUAAUUGAUUCUGCAGUUACAACUGUAUAUGCGGUUAUUGGUAUUGUAAUUGGGAUGAUAGUGCUGACAAUUAGUGUGGCGGUCAUUGUCAUAUUCUUCUUUUGUCGAAGACGAAGAAGCCAUGCUGGAGCAGUUUACCGGGAUCAACAACCGUCUGUAGCAACAACACCAACAGCCACAGACUUUGCCAUGCAACAGCCUUCUUACACUGCGGACUGAAGAGUUGCCUUUGAAUUUAAACACCAACACUGCAACAGUACAAAUACAUGUACUCAUUAAAAGUUUAUUCGAUACUGUAUUACACUAUCUUGAAAAAUAUUAUGUAAACUAAACGUUACGUCAUUUGAAUAUUAUUUUUUAAUUUUUAAUAAAUAAGAACUGGAAGUAUAAUCCAGCUGGCUGGAUGUUAUUGGCUGUCUUGUGUGGCCUUGUGCAUUUGAAAUUUAAAAAGCUAUGCUGAUUAUUUUUGUACAGUAGUGUAAAUCAUAAUAUUAAUGAAUCAUUUGCUCAUUGCUGGAAAUAUGAAACAUUGCACAUUUUUAAUGGAAAGAUUAUAGUACAUGUAUAUUGCAAGAAUUUUCAAAUUGCUUAGCAUUUUGAUAAUAAUCUGGAAAGUAAAACUAAAAUAAAAACAAGUAUCAUGACUAUUUUUUGCAUUCCAGAAUAUAUAUGAAUUGUACAUCAUUGGAUGUUAAAGUAGAACUUUCAGUAAAAUUGUUUGUUUGACGCUAAUUUAUGGAAAUUAAAAAGUUUUAUGCUUUCGUGAAAUUGCUGUUAUAUCAUCAAAACAUUUCAAUUUCAUUUGACAUACUGUGAACAUAUCAGAUAAUAUUAUUAAAACAAGUCAUUCAUGUUGUGUAGAUUUUAUAAUUGUACAGUGAAAAGUAUAAAGAUUUGUUUUUCUCUACCCUGAUUCUGGUAGAUUCAGAUUUAUUUAUAUUGAUCAGUUCGUUCAUCCGUCUUCCAUUCACUUCAUGCACAUACUUGAAAAACAAUGUUUGCUUAAAACAGAGACGACUUUCGGUCAUGUCACUUCAAGGUUAUUGUCGAAAUGUCAGGUCGUAUUUUGCAUUCAAAAUAUUCAAUGGUUUAUGUAACUUGAAUUAUAUGUUCCACAUAAUGAGACAAUAAGCAGCACUUUCGACCAUUUUGGCUAUAUGUAGCGUAUAAGAUGUUAGCAAAUCUUCAAAGUUAAGCACAUCUAUUAUAUUUUGAAAGUAUAUAAAGCUAUCCGUUUUUGUUUUAAAAUUCUAAACAAAAACAGACAUGAAUAUUCUAAUCGUAGACCUUUUAGGCUGCAGAAAAACAGGGAAUAGAUUAUCUUACCCAUCCUUAACAUUUGAACAAGUUUUGUCUAGCGGCCACCCCAUAUACCCUUAUGUUUUACACUUCCAGAUUGAUAUAGGUAAAAUAUUUCAUUCAAGUUAGAAUCCUAUGUUUUUGUUGUAGUCAUAUAGUUAAAGUGCCUACAAUUCAUAGAAAAGACAUAUCAAUUGUCUUAUUGUAUCGAACAAUGUCUAUUUGAACGUUUUUGUAUCCAAUUUUGAAAGAUUUUAGCACCACACCAUUUUCUUUAUCUCUUUUGUGUGUGAAGGCGCGUGCAAUCUCGCGGAUAGGGCUAUCCUUAAUAACAUUAUCCCAAUGUUGUCUAUACUGUGUUGGUGCGCCAUAAAACCCAAAUCAAAUCAAAUUAUACAAAAAUAAACUCUCGCAAGUAAAGUGAAUGCAUUUUUUUCUUUCUUGUAAGCAAAUUAUAGUGUAAUAGGUAUCUGUCUCUCAGAGAUACCCAAAUGGCAUAUAUCAUAGCAUUGAAAUUUUGUUAAAAACACAUGUAUACGUUUUAUGUCACAAUGGUCAGCUAAAGUUAUAGAGUUAUUUCAGACUUUGAUUUAUUUUUCUGUAUAAGUUGUUAUGGGUGCUAUCGUAUUGUAUUCUGUUAUACUAGUAUUGUACAAAGUAACUGUAUUGUAUUUCAUAUGAUGCACAGAGACGUAUAUCUCCACCUCAGUUUGGUGAUAACAUAGUGUUCACAUUUUAUCAUUAUUUUAUGGCGUUACACUAAAUUCAUUUCUAAUUUACGUCAUAAUAGAAAAAGAAAAUGAAUUUGCGUCCUACUUGUAUACAUGACAUAUCUUCAUUAGCUUGAUUUGCAGACAAAAUGUAAAAUAAUUGAACAGAUUUUUAUAGUAUGCAUAUUUGCAUUGUUUUGAAUUACAUUAUUGUAUUUUUGUUAUUAAAAUAUUUUAUUUU